UCAAAACAUUAUAUUUUAUUAUAUAGUUUUAUUUCUAUACAAGUGAUAGCUUACAAUGUUUUUAACUAUAACGAACCUACCGCCUAAUAUUAAAGUGGAGAGUUUAAAAAAAAUAAUAAAAGAACAAUGUUAUGUAGAGAAUAUGCUUGUGGACAACUUAAAAAGUCAUGGAAAAAAAGGAAAAAGCGUUACUGUCGGUUUCAUGGACAAGAUUGAGGCAUCGGUGGUUUUGGCUAAAAUGGAUGGAUACUUUCUGGAUGGCUACAAGCUGACAGUUAGAGUUGUGCAACAGAAAACUAAACAGCCCGAGCCUACAACAUCAAAUCCCAUGGUCCAACCGAGUACUUUGCCCCUGAAGUCUCCUCUUCCGGUGCAUCAGUUUGUGCCUCAAUUUACUACUGGCGCUGGACUGCCAUCCGCACCCAUGUUUCCUUCUGCAAAUGCUGGUCUGCGUCCACCUGCUCCUGUGUUUCCCGCACCUGGUCUGCCACCUGCCCCGCCGCUGUAUCCAGCUGUGCCAUCGAAGCAGACACCACCAGAAACAGUUGCUGUUGCGCCUAAUCCAGUGCCGCUGCCUCCAAAUCCAGUCGCAGCUCUGUCAAAAAAUGUGAACAAGACACCACCUGUCAAGUUUAAGCUGACCCCGCCAGCAGAAAAACAGCCUUCAAUAAGCAGUAUGCCUUAUUAUGCAAUCCAGCAAUCGGCCAGCGAAGACAAUUUGCCAACAAAAAAUAAACCGUCACAGGGAUCUAGUCGUGAAAAAACCAGGCGUCGUAGAUCAAGAUGUAAAAGCCGGUCUCCACCUGAAAGAAGUAGUUCAAGUAGAAAAUCAAGGUCGCCACAUAGAGGUCGUACCUUACUUGUAGAUGGUUUAGAGGUUAGCCAUGAUCGAUCGAGUCGUUAUGACCGUAAACAUGAUCGUUUCGUCGACCGUUUCGACCAUGGUCGUUUUGAUCGUGAUCGUUUUGGCCAUGGUCGUUUUGAUCGUGAUCGUUUUGAACAUGGUCGUAGAAGCCCUGAUCGUCAACGGGGUCAUUUCUCUGAUCGCGGUCGGCAUGAAGACCGCAAACGUCAAUUCGACGAACAAAGGCAUCAUCGCAAUCAUUCCUACAGGACUGAGCGAUUUGACAAACGUAAAAGGACUAGAAGUCCAAAAAGCGACGAAGAGGAUUUUAUCGAUCGAAAACGCGACAAGAGACGUAGUCGUCCCUAUAGUCAUGAGCGACUAGACAAACGUAAAAUUAAUAGAAGUCAAAAAAGUGAAGACGAUUUUAUCGAUCGAAAACACGAUAUGAGACGUAGCCGAUCCAACAGCAAUGAGCGAUUAGACAAACGUAAAAGAUACGGAAGCCCCAUAAGCGACGACGUUGAUCUUAUCUAUCAAAAUCUUGAUCUCAGACGUAGUCGUUCGUGUAGUGGUGACCGAGAAUAUUCACGUGAAAGAACUAAAAGUCCCGUGGCAGUAAGAGCUGAAGAAAAUGUUGCACCAGUAAUUCCACAACCCUAUUUUGACCCUUCCAAUUCAUACGGUAAUCAUCCAAAUACUGAACCAACUGUAAAUACUUCCUAUAAUAGUCACAGUAGUAUAGAUCCUUACAGUUUAUCAUCAGCCGUGUCUAAUCCAUGUGCACCUGUAGACGGCAGUGUGCCAAGUCAAACUUAUUAUCAGCCUCCUGGUUUGUAUCCUCCAAACCCUUAUACAACCCACCCAACCAAUCAAGCAUCUACCAAUGCGUUAUAUCCAUUUAAUUCUAAUUUUCAAGUAGGAGUUCCAUUUAAUCCGGCAAUUCAAAAUCCAACCAGUCCUUAUCCAAAUAAUCCAUUUUUGCAAACAAGAUUUGUUCCAACACCUCAAAUCGUGACUAGACCAAAUCCAAAUCUUCAAAUUCAUACAAAUAUCCGAACAAGAUUUAAUCCACCAUCGCAAAAUAGGACAACCUUCGUUAAAACUAUUCCGAUUAAUGAAAAUAUCCAGACAAAAUUAGCGCCAACGCCGAAAAAAAUAACUACCAAUAAAAUUGUUUCGAGUAGUGCAAAUACUCAACCGAAUUCUGAUCCACCACCGCUAAGUUCCACUACACUUAAUGAUAAUAUUCCAAGUGGUAUGAAAACCAAACCAAGGUCAGUUCCGGCAUUGCAAAGCUCCUCUACACUUAAUGAUAAUAUUCCAAGUGGUAUGAAAACCCAACCAAGAUCGGUUCCGCCAUCGCAAAACUCAACCACGCUUAAUGAUAAUGUUCCAAGUAGUGCGAAAACCCAACCAAGAUCUGUUAUGCCACCGCAAAGCUCCACGACGCUCAAUGAUAAUAUUCCAAGUAGUGCCAAUACUCAACCAAAUUAUGAUCAACCAUCGCAAAACUCCGCUAUGCUUAGUGAUAAUGUUCCUAGUAGUGAGAAACCCCAACCAAGAUCAGUUCCGCCAUCGCAAAACUCAACCACGCUUAAUGAUAAUGUUCCAAGUAGUGCGAAUACCCAACCAGAUUAUGCUACGCAUUUCAAAUCAAAUAGAAAGGUUGUGGAUCUAAAGAAAACUCUUAGUCAAACUACUUUGUAUACUAAAAUAAGAUGGGCAGUACCAAACUUAGUAAUAAAAGAGCUCUUAAACUUAUACUCAGUUGACUAUUUGCCCAACGGUGUUUUUAAACAAAUAAAAGAAGUGUAUUCUAACCGUGUCCAAGAAGCGAUGAAGCCAGGGUUGACUGGUGAAGAAAUCUUCGAAUAUUAUAAAAGUCUAUACCCGUAUUCCAAUGAAAAACUGGUACUGGAAGGUUUGAUUGGGAGAAAACUUACGAUGUUGAAGGAAGAUAAGCCGGGGCCAGAACCAGUAACACCGUAUAGAAUAAAAUUUAAUGGCGUGGAUAGGGAUCUUGUUUAUGAAAAUGCACUUGAUGAGGAAUUAAAAGCUUUGGAGCUAUCGUUUCUAGAAGCUUGUCGUCCUUCCAACGAUCCCGACACUGAUAAACUUUGCACCUUAUUAAAACGGAAAGGCGUAGCAGACUUCUUUAAGAUGUUUAGAAUGCAAAUACUAAAGUUAUCAUACGAGAAAUCUGUUUUAUUAUUGAGGAUGAAUUAUAAUGAAAGUGAACCAUCACUUUCUUCACUGACGAAAUUUUUGAAGUCAAAAAAUAUGGAAAUGAUAAGUCAUAACAAAAAAGAUAAGUUUAUACUCGUAAGGUGCGAAACCAAUAAAGAUUUCUUGAAAAUGCAGGCUUGUAAGUUAAUUUAUAUAGAUGACUGCGCAUUAACGAUAAGAAAUUGUAAAUCAUUUGAUACAAAAUACGAUUUCGAAGAAUUUCUCAAUAACGCAUCCUCAUCGAUAAAAAUAGAGAAGGAUGACAUUUCUGGAGCAUUAGAUGACAAUGAAACACAAGUUUUAAAUAUGGAUACUAAACACAUUAAUGAUUUUAAAGAAACACAAGUUCUUGAACCUGCUACGCCUAAGGACAAAGAAUUUGACAAUACUGUACCUAAAGAAUCAGAUAAAGUAAACACCCAGUACUUCCAUAUGGCUAAUACGGUUGAUAUUAAAUGCGAAACCUCUAUGGAAGAAUAUGAUGAAUUGUCACCUUCAGAACAAAAAAAUACACAGCACGCUGUGGAAUCUACAACUCAAGAUAACGCUGAAUCUGAUAUACCCAUGACAGAUAGCGCUAAUUUAUUACUCACAGCAUUAGAUAAUAAAAAUGCGCAACGUAUCAUCGAAUCGCAUACUUCCAAUGUUGAGUCUGAUACACUUGUGUCAAAUGUUGUUCCCACUCUUGCUGAUGAGGUGAAACAAGAUAAAAAUUGCGUUGAAGAUAGUACUAGUGAGGAAAAUUUUGUUAAAGAAUCACCUGCAAUUUUAGAAUCCGAAAUUCCGCAAUGCAACGUUGAAUCUAAUAAAGAUAAUAGUGAAUGUUAUAAACCCCUGAAAGAACAAAAUGACGCAAUCAUUGAUGAGGCAAAACUAGAAGAUACGAAAUGUAUUAAAGAAUCUAAUAACGCUGAAAAUCAAUGCGAUACACGUGAGGAAGACUAUGUAAACAAAUUGUCUGCGGAAAUAAAAUCAGAAGAUAUACAAUGCAACGAAGAGUCUAAUAAAAAUAGUUAUGUAAGUGGUAAACCCCUGGAUGAAUCUAUCAAGAUUUUUAAUAAGGUAGAACAGGCUGAAACCCAAGUAGGAAGACCUGUGAACAAUCUACUUGAUGGAAUAGACGAAGAAAAUGCACAAUGCAUCAAGAAACAACAAGAAUUUAAUAAUAAAUGUAAUACUGAAACUAAUAAGCCUGCGGAAGAACAUAACAUGAAUGUACCACUGGCAGAAUUAGAAUCGAAAAGUUAUUCACACAUUGAAGAAUCUAAUAUUAAACGUGACCCGGAUAAAUUAGUUAAUGUACGAGUUACGGAAUUAGAACCAGGAAAUAUUCAAUCCAUCAAGGAAAUCCAAAAAGAGGAUCCAAUUACAGACGAGUGUGUUAAGGAUCCCUCUGCAGAAUUAGAAUCAGAAAAUACUCCAUGUGUGAAAGAAAAGGGGAAUACAUUGGAAGAACGUGUUGACGCCCAUGCAAAUUUAAAACCAACUAAAGGCAUCAAAGAAUCCCUCAAGUCCUUGGAAGAACUAAACAAUAAACAAUGCGUUGAAUCUACUAAUGCACAAAAUAAAUAUGACACAAACUUGGAAGAAUUAAAGGAUCCUACUGUAGAAUUAGAACCAGAGAUUGCAGAAUGCGUAGAUGAAUUAAUCAAUACCCAAACUGAUAAAUGUGAUAAACUUAAAGAAGAAUAUGUUGAGAUGUCACCUGCGAAAUUAGAGCCAGAGAGAACGCAAAGUAUUGAAUCAAGUAAUACACAAAAUAAUGAAAAUUGUGCAAAUAUUGAAUCUGACUAUACGGACGACCAAAUAGCUAACACAUUGGCUGAAAUUGAAGAAUGUUUACAGAAUUCGAAUUUUGAUUUCGAUAAUUUAGAUGAUUAUAACGAAAUAGGAGAAUAUAAAGAGAAAUCCGAAAUUGUGAAAGCAAAUGAAGAUCUGACUACUGAAAUCGAAGAUGAGGAUUUAGAAGACUUCUAAUGUUAUUUCAAUAACAAAGAGAUAAAUAGAUUUGAUAAUAUUCUGAGACAUCUGGGACGUUAGACUUCAUAAAAUUAACUUGAAAAAUUUCUUCUAAAUAAAAUUUAGAAACAAACAUGAUGUCAUUUCCUAGUUCAUUGGUGCACUGUCCUGAAAAUAAAAACGCAUUUUAAUAACCUAAUUUUUGGUUGUAUGAAAUUUACACUAAAAAUAUUUCAGAAACAUUUUUGUACGUACCUACAGAGCCU